UACAACCCUUCCAAUAGUUACGCAAUUGCUAUGGGACAAUGUGGAUGAAUUGAAAAGAUGCUACCACCAUAGAGGAGCCACAUUCUAACCAAAGCUUCAUCAAUCCUCUAUUGAAGAUUGUCUCAAUUGCAAUCAUGGUUGCAUUGAUCUCCACAUGCAAAGAGAAGGAGAUACCUAAAUGCUGAUCUCCACAUCUAAUCUCUGAAGAUACCACGUACCACACGCAGCAACUCCAGGUUAACCCUUGGCAGCCCCGUUAACGUUAACGUUGCAUUUGAUUCAUCCACAAAAGGAUUUUGAUAAACAGUAAAAGAGCAGAGCCACCAAAAUGGCCGUUGAGGGAAUAGCCGUUGAUGCUUCUUCAGCCAACAAUGGCUUCAACGGCAAGAUAACACUCUCAGUUGUCCUCACAUGCAUCGUGGCUGCAUCCAGUGGUCUAAUUUUUGGAUAUGACCUCGGAAUUACAGGAGGUGUCACUACGAUGAAACCAUUUCUUGAAAAAUUCUUCCCAACAGUAUUGAAAAAUGCUACUAGCGCGAAAACAAACAUGUAUUGUGUGUAUGACGAUCAGUUGUUGACAUUAUUUACGUCCUCCCUUUUUCUCGCGGGGCUUUUUUCAUCUCUCUUGGCCAGCCACGUCACGAUGGCGUUGGGUCGGAGAAACACCAUGAUCUUCGGUGGCUGCAUCUUUUUUGCGGGUGGUGCCAUUAAUGCUGCGGCGGAAAAUAUUGCUAUGCUCAUCUUGGGUCGUAUCUUGCUUGGCAUUGGGGUUGGUUUCACUAAUCAAGCGACGCCGGUAUACCUGUCUGAAAUGGCCCCAGCCAAAUGGCGAGGUGCGUUCAACACGGGCUUCCAAUUGUUCAACAACAUGGGUGUGGUGGCGGCCAAUUGCAUAAACUUUGGCACUGCACCGCACCCAUGGGGGUGGCGCAUGUCCCUUGGCCUCGCCACGGUCCCCGCAGCUAUCAUGACAAUCGGUGCCUUGCUAAUACCCGACAGUCCAAGUAGCUUAGUCGAGCGCAACCACAUCAACCAAGCCAGAAACGCCUUGCGCAAAGUGCGGGGCCCCACUGCUGACGUUGAAUCCGAAUUGCAACUCAUGAUCCAAUCGUCGCAGGUUUCAAAAGACAUGGAACGAGAAAGUUUUGUGGCCAUUUUUGAGCGCCGGUAUCGGCCUCAGUUGGUGAUGGCGCUUGCGAUUCCCUUGUCUCAGCAACUUUCGGGAAUCAGCAUUGUCGCGUUUUAUGCGCCAAACCUGUUUCAGUCAGUGGUAAUUGGCAAUAACUCGGCGUUGCUUUCGGCUGUUGUACUAGGACUCGUCAACCUUGGUUCCACUCUUGUCUCAACUGUUGUUGUUGAUCGACUUGGUCGAAGGGUCUUGUUCAUAGUGGGUGGCAUUCAAAUGCUUGUUUGCAUGAUUUCGGCGGCUGUUGUGCUGGCAAUGGGGAGUGGUGUUAAUGGUACAGAGCAAAUUUCAAAGGGCAACGCCAUUGCUGUGUUGGUGCUAUUGUGCUUCUACACAGCAGGAUUUGCUUGGUCGUGGGGCCCUCUUUGCUGGCUAAUUCCAAGUGAGAUUUUCCCCAUGAAGAUUAGAUCCACUGGACAAAGCAUAGCCAUUGCUGUGCAGUUCUUGGCAACAUUUGUUUUAUCUCAGACAUUCUUGACAAUGCUAUGCCACUUUAAGUUUGGAGCUUUUCUCUUCUACGCGGGUUGGCUUGCACUCAGCACUAUCUUUGUUAUACUGUUCUUGCCCGAGACCAGAGGAAUUUCUUUGGAUUCAAUGUAUGCAAUAUGGGGCAAACACUGGUAUUGGCGCCGGUUUGUUGUUGAAGGUUGACAAGUUAUAUAACCAAGAUAUUAAAUCUUUCAAUGAAUUAGUAGUACAUGUAUAUAGGGUAACGGUUUUGUUUGUAAGCAUGAAAAGAAAAUUAUUUGCAUCUUCCUUUAUUAUGUCUAUAUGAAUUCUAUCGAUUCAAGAAAUUCUGCUACGAUAAACGCUUAUCUAAUUGUAAAUUAAAGUGUAAAGUAUGUAUUAAUAUUGCAUGGCUGGACUAUUCCAGUCAGGGAAUUGC